AUGGCACCUAAAGAUGAUGAUGGUCGGCAUAAUCAGGAUCUUCCGGUUCCCUGCAGAAAAGUAAAAAUACUUAUUGUUGACAAUGAUCCUCGCACUCUAAGGAUUCAUGAAAACCUAUUGAAAUCACUUGGUGGGGAAACUCGUGCUGUCAAAGAUGGUCGAGAAGCCAUAAACGUAACCGCUUGGAAUGAUUAUUCUCUUCCAGCCUAUGACCUAAUUCUCAUUGGUAGACAUUUACCUUUCAGAAACGGGAUUAGGGUGACGAAGACACCGCGAGCUAUAGGGUACCCUAGCAGGAUUGUUGGAGUGACACAUUCUCUAACAGAAGCUGAGACGGCGCGGCGGAGAUCAUCGGGAAAGAUGGAAUCGGAACCGUUCCGUGACGGAGACGGAAUCGGGAAUCGGAAAGACGAGAGCGGAAUGAGAUCACCGUUUAUGGCACAACAGUGGAGGAACAAAACGGAGCUUGAGCUUCAAACUUGA